CACCGAUGUGUCCUCCACAUAAAAAACGAGCACAGACGUGUAUCAUCAGCAGGAGUCGAUAAGUGGCAUCGUCUUGACGUCCUUGAAAUGUCCGAGAGCGCUGCCGCCGCGCCGACCGCUGCCGACGCAGCUGCAGCGCCGGCUGCAGCGCCUGCCGCCGCAGCGCAGGAUUUGUACGCUGUUCUCGGCUGCGCCAAAGGCGACGACGCACCGGUGAUUACCAAGCGAUACCGCAAGCUCGCCCUGAAAUAUCACCCGGACCGCAACCGCGGCGAGGGCCAAGAGGAAGCCGCGGAGAAGUUCCGCGCCGUCAGCGACGCCUACGCCGUUCUGAGUGAUCCGAAUAGAAGACGCCAGUACGACCUGCACGGUUCUACCACGGACGAGGCUUCAAACACGCACGCGUUCGAGAGCGUCGACGUCAAGUCGCAGUCGUGGGCGACGCGUUUUUUGCUCGCGCAAGUGUCGAAGAUCGGCAUACCGGUGCCCACUACUGUCGCGGCCGACGUGCUGUCGACGGCGUGCGAGCUCUCCAGUGACAUCGCGAGCGUGCCUCUCUUGAUCCCGGGGGCGGCGCAGCGGGGCACGGUAAAGAUCGGCAGCGCCGCGUUCUUCCGCGUGACGAUAUCAAACAGCAUGCAGGAGCGGGGUUUGUUAUUAGCAGCAUCCUCGAAGCGGAGGAAUGACAAAUUCAGGAUUCUAGUUUUCGAUGGCAAAGGGAAUAUAAGAAGGCAGGCCGAAUCCCUACAACCGGAAGACAAAAAGAGGCCGCCGCGCUGCCGCCUCUUCGUCGUGCCCGUGCCGACGCUAUUAGUGGGCGCGCCGUUCCCGGCGGCGCAAGAGAAUCUGCCCCCCGUCUGCGCCGCGCUCGACACGAUGGAGGAGCGGGCCGCGAUGGCGCCGCCCUUCGACGCGACCGGAGACGUCCUGGUGGCCUUCUACAGCGACAACCUGUUGUCGUCGCUCGAGUACACGCUGGCCUGCGCGCCGGCCGUGCUCGACGAAGGUAGAUUGGAGGCGCUGGAAGCGAGCGCCGCGGGGUUGAGAGAGCGCAAGGAAGCAUUACAGGCCUUCGGCGAGCGGUUUUCAACACAGUUCGACGACUACGUGGCCAAGAAGGCCGCCCUGGACGAGGCCGAGGCGCGCCUGCGGGCCCUGCAGGACGAGGCGCGGACCCAGGCCGAGGAAAAUUCCAAGGCUAGAAGCGUCCACGCGGACGCCGAGCGGGGCCUGCUGGACGCCGCGUUCGCGGAAUGCGCCGCGCCGCCCGCGCCGCCGCCGCCUCCCAAAAAGAAG